AUGGUAAACGCCCGGGCAAGGGCCCUGCCCGAGAGCGUGCAAUGCCUGUCUGUUUGCGGCAAAAAGGGGAGGAGAAAGCGUAUUGCAAGUGGUGCAAUAAACGUCGACACCUUGCCGUGGCUUGUCGAGGAGCUGGCAAGAGAGGAAAAGACUCCCGCCAGGUGCACUGGUGUGUGGAGCCUCCCGCAGUGUGGUCGCCAUCGUGGAGCUAGAAGGCCGGUGGGUGUUGAACGAAACCGGGAAAUAGGAGCGGAAGCAACAAAAUGGAAGCAGGAGUUAGAAUGCGAUGAAGGAAAAAGCACUAACCGACAGGGAAAAGGCGACCGGUUUCAAUGGAAUCAUGGUGAAAAUAAGAGUAGUAAUGAAGUAACUGUUUUGGCAGUAGAGCCGCCCAGCAUGCUUAUGAUAAGGAUCGUGGGGUAUGAUGUACUCUUCGAGUUAGAUACAGGAGCGUCAAUGUCGAUAAUUGGAAAGAAAACAUGGCGCAGGAUAGGAGCGUCAGAGGUAAGAGAAUCAGGUGUGGAAGCCACCGCAUACAAUAAUGAACGUAUACGAUUGCAGGGACAGGUGGCAGAACAAGCGAGCCAUCCGUUAUGUGGGCGUGACAUGAUUAAAGCCCUGCAAAUAGAAUGCGGGCCACAUUAUAAUCAAGCCCAGUUGAAAAACGAAAUAGUUCGUCUUCUGCAUGAGAAUAAAGAGUUGUUUGAAGACGGGGCACGAACAGUGCCGAUAGCGCCGCCACCAAAAGUAGAGGCAAAGUUACAGCUAAGUAAUGGAUCUUUGCGAGCGGUUGAGCAUAGUCAGUGGGCGACACCCCUGGUAGUAGUUCCAAAACCA